AUGGAGACUAUUACGUACAAGUUUUAUGAGAUUCAAGAUGAAGUAAAGAGGAUCAGUUUAAAGAUUCCUGAGAAGAUUCUAGGAGGACAGACUUAUCAUGCAUCGGAAGUACAUCAAUGGACGACAGACAUUUCAACACAGUGUCUGAAAGAGCUUAAAGACGUGGCGAACGGGUCCGCGGGAUUCAAAUACAUUGUGCACUGUACAAUUCUGCAGAAGCGAAAUGCCGGCUAUCACACCAACUCGUCGUGCUUUUGGGACGCGGAGCGUGACGGUAGCGUAUCAAUUCGAUGGGAAAACGCGACCAUGACCAGCGUGCUUACGGUCUACUGCGUCAGUCUCCAGUAG